AUGACAAAAGGAUUCGCAACCAUCGCUCCCGAAUGCGAGGAAGUAUUCGACGAGGUCAAAGGAACUGACAACCUUAACUACGUCAUUUACGCAGCCUCCGCACACGACAAGAAGAUCACUGUCGCUGAGUCCGGCAAAUACAAGGACUACGAUGAGUUCCUCUCCCACUUCAAGGAAGACACUCCCCGAUACGCUGUCGUGAAACUCACCUACGACUCUCCCGUCGGCGAUGGCCAGCGAAGCAAGCUAGCCUUUAUCACAUGGGUGCCCGAGACUGCAGGAAUUCAUGAUAAAUCUUACUACACCUCGAACAAAGAUCACAUCUUCUAUGCCCUCCAGGAUAUCAGUCUCCAUGUUCUGGCACAUUCCAAGACCGAGCUGGCCCAUGCCGCAAUAUGGUUGUACUCGAAACUGACCUUCCGGUUUUUUUUCCACUUAGUCCUGGGGAAGUUCAAGGCUCUCUAG